UGAUUUUUUUUUUGAUUUUUUUUUGUUUUUUUUUGUUUUGGAGAAGCUUCUUUCUGGUUUGAUUUUUUUUCUUCAAUGUCUGCCCUCGAGAGCAGCAGCACCGGCAGCGCUGCAGUCCCAUCGGCCUCCUUGCGCGCUGGCAGCGUGAGCAGCACUAGUCUCAGCAAUGGCGGCGAGGCGGGGCUGACGGGUCUGUCGCCUCCAGGCUCAGCGACAAGCUUUCCUGCUGCUGCUGCUGCUGCUACAUCCGCCGUUGUCGCGGGCUCGCCUCGGAAGCGGUUUGCGCCAGAGACGCGACUCCAGCAAGCGACCACUCAAGAGAAGACAUUUAUUCGAUGGGUUAACCACCACCUCGCGAAGGUAGACGUUGAUGGUGUUCGAAACAUGGACGCUGACUUCCGGGACGGCACCAAAAUCUGCUGGCUCUUGUCCAUUCUGACUGGCACCCGGUUGACCUUUCACGUGGUGCCCGAACGGCGGUGGCAUCGUAUCGACAACUUGCACAUGGGUUUACAGACUCUGCAGCAGGUUGCACAAACGGCGCUCAAAUGGAGCGCUGAAGACAUUGAGCUCGGCAACAAGAAGCAAGUCAUGGCCAUUGUCUACGCCAUCUUGCGGCGCUAUCAGUUUAGUUGUGUAGUCGUUGGCGAACCGUCCGGAGCGCGAGUAAAAUACGUGCUGCUUGCUUGGUGCAAAUCAGUUGCCGAGUCGGUCGACGAAAGUCUGAAAAUUGCCAACUUUGAUCGCAGCUUUGGCACCGGUUUGCCCCUAUGCGCUUUGGCCAGUCGAUUUUGCGAGGGAUACAACUAUCCAACGGAUAAAACCAACGAGGUACAAAACACGCAGGCUGCAUUGGAGGCGCUCACACUAGCCGGAGUUCCAGAUUUGCUGGACGCAAAUGACGUGUGCUCGUCCGAGUCGCACAUUGACGAGACAUCCAUGAUGAUUUACGUGGCGUGCUUGCACCAGCGCUUUGUCAACAAGCCAAUGACGGCACCACCUGGCGUAUCUGCUUCUCUGACUCGCUCGCAGUCGUUUGAGGUCAAUUCGGCCGCUGGUUCAACCCUACGGAGUAACGCCUCGUUUUCAGGAUACCGCCAGCGACCAGCGAUUGCCUCGCGCAGUUCGUCAGGCUCCGGAUCGACCUUCCCAGCGUCUGAUUCUGCCGAUCUCACGGCCGAGCAAUCCGAUGAGGUUCCCGGCCUGUCACCCCAAAACUCCUCCUUGUCGCUCCAGGUUGGUCGGAGGCGGUCGCAGUCCACCACCGAGUCCGAUUUACUGGAGAAGAUUCGCGAGCUCGAGCAAGAGCGCGACGAGGCCAAGACAGAGGCACGCCGCUGGAAGGACUUGCAGCUGGAGCAACACCAGGCGAUGGCGGACGCUGCAGCGUCGUCAGACGGGUUCAAGCUCCCACUGGGUUCCACCCCGUCGCUCAACUCGAUGCCGUCGAUUGACCAGCUCGACCAGCGUCGAAACAGUGUCAGCACUAGCAGCAGCAUUUCCGGAGCCAACAACGGCGACUUGGAGCAGGAAAUUGCAGAUUUGAAGCGUCAACUGGUGGAAGCCCACACGCGUCGUGCCAGUGAGCUUCAAGCGCAGGAUGCCCGGCAUCGUGAAGAAUUGGCGUUCAUGCUCGAGGCACGCCGUGUCGAACGUGCAGCGAAAGAAACCGAGUUUGAGCAGCAGCAAUCGCGCGCACGGCAGCAAGAGUCCGAGCACCUUGCACGUGUUGCGGCUCUCGAACUGCAGUUGAAGGAGGCCGAGGCGGAAUCGAAGGGAGCAGAGGCUGCAACAAUUCGGGCGGCCCGCGACGCUGCUGCGGCCGUCAUCGCCGAGGCGGCUGAGGCAUCCGAGCAGCGCGUUCGCCAGCAGCAGGACGAGUUUCUUGCUCGCAUCGCAGCUCUCGAAGCGCGUGCCGUGCUAGCGGAAGCAGCGGCAGAAGCGUCCACACGAGAGCGCUUGCUCUUGGCCGAUCGAGCCAACCAGCUGGAGCAAGAUCUCGCGCGUGCAAAUGCCUUGCUGGCGAAACUCGAGCCUGUCUUCCCGCAGCAGUCCGAGUCUGCCCACUUGUCCACUCCUCCACUGAGCUUGUCUCAUGAGCGCGUGGACGGGAGUGUCAGUGGCGGGAGCGAUUCGAGCGAAGGCAUGGACGAUGCAAGCCGUGGGAGCUUGCACGCCAGCUCACAUAGUCUUGAGCACGCCUCUCGCGCGAGCUCGUCAGAGGCAAUUGCCGCCCCUCCAUUGAAUGAAGCGGCGUCUCUUACUUCGCUGAGCAGCGCUGGCAGCGAAGACGGCGUCGCACCCCCACCGCCACCACUUCGCGUUUCGAGUGCACAUUCGGCUUCUCAACUCGAGUCUCCUGCGAUUGCUCCUUCUCAUGAAUCUACAACCGUUUCUGAUGCAAUCCCUCUACAAGCUGCUGCUGGCACGCUACAGCAGCAGGACAACACGCAAUCACAGCCACAAGACGGUGCGUUGGGUGGAGGAGAUGUGUCGGCAACCGCCGCGACUACUGCUGCUGCCCUGAUCGAUUCCCGCGCUGAUGACUCUGCAGCCAUUGCUGCAUCCGUGAACGACACCGUCUCCGAGAUGAUGGCGCCCGCAAACGCGGCUGCCUUUGCUUCCGGGACUGCAUCGCCACGGCGACGCGUGUCGAUCGAGACGGCGCCCGUCAUCAUUCAAGAUGGCAGCGCCAAGCCGAGCAGCGGUUCCAAUCCAGAGCCGGCCGUUACGGUCGCUUCUCGCAGCUCGAGCGCGCUCCGGAAACGACGUGCAAUCUCUGCCAUUGUGGACGCGGAAAGCUUGCUGUGCAUCUACGACGUUUCCAAAGAGCCAACUGCGAUCAGCAACAUUACCGUGCUGAGCAUCAGCACUGCUCGCGAUGUUGUGCGCCUGGCGCUUAUUCGUGCCAAGAAUGUCCUAGCCAAUCCGAGCAAGUACUGUUUGGUAGAGACGACCGGCAUGGAUGGCGAACGCGUCAUCGACGAUGCCGAAAUUCCUCUCACUGCUGCUCAAUGCUUGGAACGAAGCAAGCGGCUGUUCCUGCGUCCUCGAGAUUCCUGGCAGGUGCUUGCUGUCGCGACUCCGGCUCAACUUGCGCGGGUCGACGAGCACGAGGCCGCACAACGUGCCGAAGCCGCUGCCAAGAUUGCUGCCCGCCACUCCAAGACUGUCGAUGACACACAUUUGGACGCCAUUCGCCCACUGGACUCUGAUUCGGGUUCUGACGAGUCCAUCUCCAAGCCGAGCGACUUGACCUCAACCGCUCUCCUCGGCCUGCCCACUUCCAUUUCGUCAAAAACGCCGUCCAGUCCCCGAGACUCUGUGUUAUCUGCGGCUGACUCUGACUCUGACGCAUACGCGAACGAUGCGAACGCGAGCGAAGCUGCUCUGGAAGCAGGCAGCACUUCGCCUUCAGAUUCUGCGCAACCGCAACAACAACAACAACAACAACAACUACAACAACUACAACAGCAGCAGCGACUGGGGCGGUCCCGAACCUUGUCCAUCACUCCAGAUGAAGGCGUUGUCUGCAUUUAUGGCGUCACACCCGACCACCCUUAUACCAUUUUCAAGGUGCUCAAAGUAAACACGGUCGGAGACGUUGUCAAGCUGGCAUUGAUCAAGGCAAACAAAGGCGACAUUGAUCCGAAGACCUAUUGCCUCGUCGAGACAUCUGGCACCGUAUCGCGCAAGAUGGAUGACGAAGAGAUUCCGUGGCUCAUGCGCGCCGCUCUCAAAAAGGCCAAGAGGAUGACGCUUACCCCAGUGAGCGACUUGAGUGACGACGUCAUCAUCGAGCCCAUCCGCGCCGCUGUGGUGCGACAACCUCGUUCUCGAACAACCUCGGGUACCCCGUUGGCGGAAGUCUCGCGUCCUCGCUCGCGGACGCCUUCCGGAGAUGUGCUAGGUGCCAUUCCCGUCUCGCAGCUCGCCGCUCUCACAACUGCAGCAACGUCCGCAACCGCGCCUGCGACCCUGCGCACUCCAAGCCGCGGUUCAUCGCAAGAUCUCAGCGUGAGCGACAACGCAACCAAUGGCGAGCGAAAUUCCAACACGGUGCCACCGCCGCCCGUGUUUGAAGAUACUCGAGCUGGAGCAGAGGCUGCUGCCCGUUUGGUGGCCCCAGCUCCGCCUGCGGCUUUUUCCUCCAGCCCAAGUGCACGCGGCACCGAACUUGCUUCCACAUCUAAAUCAGCCCCUGCAGUGUCAUCCCCGAGUGCCGCAUCGGCGUCUGCAACGAAAGCCAGUAGUGGCGUCAGUGGUGGCGGAGCCGACACUCCUCCCGCCGUGCGGGUCUAUCGGCGCGAUUUCUCCUUCCGCACCUUUGCGAUUUCUGCCACAACCACGGCCGCCAGCUUGCUGCGCGCUGCUGUGGGCAAGCACGACAUUCCUCGCGCUUCUGCAGAUAUUUUCUGCUUGGAUUUGGUGCUCGAUCACGUGUCGGAGCGACGCUUGGACGAUGCUGAGCGAAUCAACGAGUUGCUGCAGCGUCACCAAGGCCAUCACAUCCGGUUUUACCUGACUGAGCACCAUGUUGAUCCUGACGAUGGCAUGAUUGCCGCUCGCCAACGCUCUGUUUCUGGGCUGUACACGCGCAAGUUCCCGACAUCUUCAACCCAGCAACAGCGCAGCGUGGGUGGUACUAGCAACACCCAACUCAGCAGCACCAGCAAUUCGAACGGAUGUCUCAUGAUAACGCCCGGCGACCAGUUCAACGUUGAGGACGGCAACAAUCACUCCCAGUACGGCAUUCAGCGCCCGCUCGUGGAAAACGACGAAUCGACCACGGCCUGGUUUGCCAAGCAUUUCAAUACACGCGAACACCAAAACUAUCUGGGAAGCCAAAGCGACGGGGUGGGUACAUUUGUUCUCUCCGUCCGCCGCGAGCAGCUCGUGUCCUCGCAAACCGAGGGUUUGCCAGUCAACCCGUACACGCAGUAUCGUCUCAUUCUGUGGCUGACAACGGGCCUGGAGCAUCUGACUGUUGCCGUGCGUGACCGUCAGUCGCUGACGCCGACCCAUCUGCUCCGCGCCAUUCAGCCGUCGCUUAGCUCGUGCAAACUCAAGCAGAUUGACGGAGACAUCUCGCGCGAAUUGCUCCAGAUCGAAGAUUACAUUACAACACGGCAGCUCAAGUUUGGUGUGCUCUACAAGAAAGCCCACCAGGUUCACGAGGAGCACAUGUUCUCCAACCGCGAAGGGUCGCCGCGCUUUGACGACUUUUUGAAGGUGCUCGGCGACAAGGUGGAGCUCAAAGGCUGGCCGUACUUCCGCGCUGGGCUUGACGUCAAAGACAACACGACUGGCACGCACUCUGUGUACACGAGGUUUAGCAAUUACGAAAUCAUGUUCCACGUCUCGACCCUUCUGCCGUUCGCAGAGGGUGACAAGCAACAGCUCGAGCGAAAGCGUCAUAUUGGCAACGACAUUUGUGCCAUUGUGUUUGAAGACCUGCCCGAGGGCGUUGUUCCGACCACUGCCGAGAGCGUCGACGACUUGCCUGCCCAGUCUCCCGCCUCUGUUCGACGAGGAGCUAGCUCUCAACCCUCCUUGUCAAUGGAAGUCAAUGCUUUCGACCCCGGCAGCGUGGCAUCGCACUACCUGCAUGUUUUUGCGGUGGUCUCGCCUGUCUUUAACGAGUUGACCAACAAGUACGAGUUUUUGCUGAACGUUGCCUCCAAAACAUCCGUCCCUCCGUACGGACCCGCGCUGCCAUCGCCGCCUCGCUUCACCUCCGAGGUCGAGCUGCGAGAGUUCCUGCUCACCAAGUUGAUUAACGGCGAGACGGCGACGCUCGCUUCGCCGGCGUUCAAGCAGCGCCAGCAUCGAACGCUCACCCAGCUCAUCAGGGGCAUUGAAGAUCGAGCCACCUCAUCGGGUAUGCUUGUGUCCGUCAACAGCUCCAAGUCGCUCUCCUCGAUGGCAGCUGUGGUCGGCUCUGGCUUGAACAACUCGAAAGCGAGCUCCACUGGAAGCAGUUUGCGACGCAAGCUGCCCUUGCUCGAGACAUUCUUUACUCCUGCCGCAGGUAGUUCUUCUGCUUCUCCCUCAAGCUUCCCGUCUCUUUCCGUGACGAACAUGGCACCCGUUAUUUCGCCUCCUACAAGUCCCGUGAUGGAGCGCUCCUCGUUCUCGGAAUCCACGUCCCCUUCCGCUUCGAACACGGAUCUUUCUGGCUUGACACUGUCGUCGACAUCAGCUGGCCCAUCCGGGCGGCUGUACAAGCCAGCCAUCUGUGCAGCACUGCUCCCGCGCGUCAUUCAGUGCGGCGCCAAGCUUGGUGAGGCAUUGGUGCUCGGCACAGAUGCCGGUCUUUACAUCUACGUCCCGUUUGUGAGCAUUCCUGGCUCUACCAAUCCCGGCCAACCCGAAAUGUUCAAGCUGCCUCUGCAUGUUGAGCGUUCGUUUACGCAGAUUUCGGUGAUUGCAGAGCUCAACCUGCUGGUUGCCUGUGCCGCCCCAACUGCGUCGCCGGGCACCAGCUACAUUGUGUACUACGACAUUGCCGGCCUCAAGCAAGUCUCGUUGCGUGCGCUUUCGUCCCAGCCGGCCAUCUUUGAGUGCCAGCUUGAGGACACGAAAAAUUGCAACAUUUUCGCGCUCGACCCGUUUUGGGAAUCGUCCGCGGACGCCACCACGUCCUUCCGGCUCUGCGUGUCUGUGAAGAAGACGCUGCUUGUCUAUCGCUGGCAGGCAUCGUCGCGAAUUUUCCAGCGACAACUGGCAAUCGGGCUUUCCGACACUUGCGUCACGCUUGGCAUCAGCGGACAAUCUGCAGUGCUCGGCUUCUCCGACCACUUUGCGCUUGUCUCGCUGGACGACACGAGCGACGCCAGCGUAGAUGUUCUUCAUGCCACCGGGACAGACAUGAGGCCGGUAGAUGUUUUGCAUCUCGGCAGUGAUGAGUUCUUUGUCUGCUACAACAACCUGGGUGUCUUUGUCAACAGGCGAGGCCAAAGCACUCGAUCUUUGAUUGUUCGGUGGACCAUUAUGCCCAAUUUUGUUGUUUAUGCCUUCCCAAAUAUCUUGGGCUUUUCAACGAAUAGCAUUGAAGUUCGCACGUUGGUGAACGGCAACCUCAUUCAAGUCAUUCCGCUUCAAUCCACGCAGCUCAUCACCGUGCGUAACUCAACGAAGCAAAUCUUUGUUGCGAACAGUUACACCAUCAACCAGAACACUGCCAACGAGGCGGUUGUGUCGAGCGUGGCUUGUGUUGCUCUCAACGAUUAAGCGCGUUCGCUGAUCGCAUCGCAUCGCAUCGCAGCGCCAUUUUUGAUUUUUAAAAAAUUCUUGUUGUUAUCUUUGUAGUUUUGCUGUCUAUUUUUUGUCUUGUUUGAUUCUGCGUGUGUGUGUGUGCGGUUUCUGUGUCUAUUACAAAUGUCUUUGAACGUUCUUGUGAUGCAAUGGGACAUUUUGGUAGGAUG